UGUAUCUCUCUGCCUAUACCUACUCAGCAAGUCGGAAGCAUACGCGCCGACAGGUAUGAUAGAAGUAGAUCUUGUAUAAGCCCACCCUGUGGUGAUCAUGAUCCACAGUACCGGGGGGAAACAUGUCCCUCGACUUCCAGCCUGUCAAUCGUGUUAUACAAAAAAGAUAAAGUGCGAUAAUGCGCGACCAAAAUGUAUGCCUUGUGUAAAGAGUGGCCAUGCAUGCUUCACCGUUAGCCUCGGGGGGACUGUUCCGGUUUCAAGAGAGUAAGCCUGACAUUGUGCCAAGCACGUCUGUCCAUGGCCCCCUAUGCUUACGCUCUAAAUAGGUACAUCUAUGAACUAGAGCAGCAUGUACAAGGUCUCCAGACAGAGAUGACCGUGGUGGAAGGUCAAGAGGUGGGCCGAGGAUAUUCUCACUCCACGGCAGCAGUGACAGAGAGCCCAACGCCGACACGACCUGAAAGACAUAAUCAAGCGCCGGAACCUCCGAUAGCAAUACAGAGUAAUGAUGUGAUUUCACCACCCAGUAUCACG